AAUUACUUAUGUUGGAUAUUCAGUCUGUUAAUGUCUUUCAGUAAGAUAAUAACUAGAUCUGUGCUGUCUGUUAAUGUCCUCAUAUUCUACAUCUGUCACACCUACUUUACACAUUAAAUAGUGAAGAAACAUAGAAAACAAGAAUUUGUCACCAAUGAUAUAUUAAUGAAGACUGACAUUAUCAGCAAGACCAUGUGACAUUGAUUACAUAACCUUGAAGUAAUUUAUGUAUUUAUAAAAGAAAGGAAUUACAUUUGCAGUUAAUGAACCACAGGCAACAAUAUGGAGGAGACAUUGAGGAGUGAGGGUCAGGCUCACGUUGAAAUAAAAUCUGAGAAUAAAGAUAUAUCUCAUGAGACAAAGUUAGAUGUAGCAAAACAGUUCUACACCUGUGAUGUGUGUUUACUAAUAUUCUCUGAUGUUGAAAGUUUGACUACUCACAAACUUACCCACACAGAUAAAAAGACACAUCACUGUGAUAUCUGUGCCAAAGUAUUCUCCGACAGUUCAAAAUUAACUCGUCAUAAAUGUACUCACACAAGAGUGAAGCCAUAUUGCUGCGAUGUCUGCGGCAAAACAUUCUCUCGCAACGAUAAUCUGACACGUCAUAAAUAUAUACACUCAGGCAAAAAACCGAGCCGCUGUGAAGUCUGUGGUAAAACAUUUUACACAAUUGAAAAUUUGACUGCUCAUAAACGUAUUCAUACUGAGGAGAAGCCAUACUCUUGUAAUAUCUGUGGUGAGAAGUUUCGUGAAAGUAAAGUAUUAAGUUCUCAUAAACGUAUUCAUAUAGAUGAGAAACCGUACCACUGUGAUGUGUGUGGUAAAAAGUUCUCUCAAAAUGGCUAUUUAAAUUAUCAUAAACUCAUUCACACGGGAGAGAAACCAUACCACUGUGCUAUCUGUAGCAAAGCAUUUUCUCGGAAUGAUUAUUUAAAGCGUCACCUACGUAUUCAUACUGGGAUAAAGCCAUAUGAAUGUGAUAUCUGUGGUAAAAGAUUCUCCGGAAGUGGACAUCUGACAUGUCAUAAACGUACACACACAGGUAAGAAACCAUACCAAUGUGAUGUCUGUGGUAAAUCGUUCUCAGCCAGUGGAAAUUUAUCUUGUCAUAAGCGCAUUCAUUCAGAGGAGAAGCCAUACAAAUGUGAUGUCUGUGAUAAAUCAUUCUCUCAAAGUGGACAUUUAAGUAAUCACCGAAAUAUUCACACAGGAGAGAGACCAUACCAGUGUGAUGUCUGUGGGAAAACCUUCUCAGUAAGUGGAGAUUUGUCUCGUCAUAAACGCAUUCACAGUGGUAUAAAACCUUACCAAUGUGAUAUCUGUGGUCGAGCAUUUUACGAAAUGAAAUCAUUAAUUAGCCAUAAAUAUAAUCAUAUGGAUGAGAAACCGUUCAGCUGUGAUAUCUGUUUUAAAACUUUCUCUCAGAAUACUUAUUUGAAACGUCACAAGCGCAUUCACACAGCUGUAAAAACUCGUGAUUCUGGCAUGUCCAAUAAAGAGCUCGCUGCAAGUGAAAAUCUAACUUCUCGUGAUUAUAUUUUCACUAGUGAGAAAUUGCACCAGUGUGAUAUCUGUGGUAAAAUAUUUUCACAAAAGAGAUAUUUAGUUAGUCACAGAGAUAUUCAUACAUGUGAUAAACCAUAUCAUUGUAAUGUAUGUGGUAAAUCAUUCUCUCAGAACGAGUAUUUGACUCUUCACCAACGCAUACACAUAGAAAGGCCAUAUCCAUGUGAAACUUGUGGUAAAACAUUUUCUACAACUAAAAUUCUAACCCGUCAUAAACGUAUCCAUACUGGAGAAAAACCAUACCAUUGUGAUAUAUGUAGUAAGUCAUUCUCUCGAAACGAAUAUUUGACACUUCACAAACGUAUUCACACAGGAGAAAAACCAUAUUCUUGUGAUAUUUGUGGUAAAGCAUUCUCUGCAAAAAAAAUCUUAACACGUCAUAAAAUGUAUUCACACAACAGAGAAACCAUGCUAUUGUGAUAUCUGCAGUAAACAAUCCUCAUAUAAAAACUACUUAAAAUAUUUAUCAGUAUUUACACACUGGAGUAACCAUAGUGUGUGUUAAAUAUUGGAGGUGGAUCAAAUAUCUUUUGUAACAUAAUACUUGUCAUUUUUGCAGUACAUUGAGGCUGUAAUUGUCAUCCCCGCUGAAGUACAAUGAUAUAGUAAUCAUGUUGUUAACCAAAUAAGGUAAAUUAUGUAGCAAGCUUUAGUUAAGUGUAUGUAAAAGUGAUCUCGUCUUACUGUAAGGAGAACCUACUGAUCUAAUUAUUAAAUGAGUGUAGCA